AUGACCACCCUGGAUGAUAAGCUGCUGGGGGAGAAGCUGCAGUACUAUUACAGCAGCAGUGAGGAUGAGGACGACCACAAGGACAAGGACAGGAGCAGCGGUGCCCUGGCCGGCAGUCCGCUGCCUGCAAAUGCUAAGGCGGGCGAAGGCUUCUCCAUUAACACAGGUCCCAAAGGUGUGAUCAAUGACUGGCGCCGCUUCAAACAGUUGGAGACAGAGCAAAGGGAGGAGGAUUGUCGGGAGGUGGAAAAGCUGAUCAAGAAGCUGUCACUGACCUGCAGGUCCCAGCUGGACGAAGAGAAGGAGCAACAGAAACAGAAGGACCUCCAGGAGAAGAUCAGUGGGAAGAUAACUCUGAAGGAGAUGGCCAUGAUGAACGGGGACCUGGACGACGAAGAGUUUCUGCAGCAGUACCGGAAGCAGAGGAUGGAAGAGAUGCAGCGGCGGCUCCAUAAGGGACCCCAGUUCCGGCAGGUGUUUGAGAUCCCCAGCGGAGAAAGGUUCGUAGACAUGAUUGACAAGGAACGGAAAAGCACCCUCAUCAUAGUCCACAUCUACGAGGAUGGCAUUCCGGGGACCGACGCCAUGCACGGCUGCAUGAUCUGCCUCGCCUCGGAGUACCCCGCUGUCAAGUUCUGCCGGGUGAAGAGCUCGGUGCUCGGGGCCAGCCGCCGGUUCACCAGGAACGCCCUUCCUACUCUGCUGAUCUACAAAGGGGGCGAUUUGGUGGGCAAUUUUGUUCGUGUCACUGACCAGCUGGGCGAAGAUUUCUUCGCUGUGGACCUCGAAGCCUUUCUGCAGGAAUGUGGAUUGCUCCCUGUGAAGGAAGUCGUGGAGCGGACGUCUGUGCGUAACUCUGCCGCCUGCCACAGCGAGGACAGCGAUCUGGAAAUAGACUGA